AUGACUAUGACUCUUGAUAAUCAAUCACGACUCGGGGCCCUCAACUUCGACCACAUGUCUUCCUACUCAAACCCUCCUCACUUCACCAACCCGUGGGCCGCGGGCUCGACUAGCCAACAUGGUGGCCACGGCAUGUAUUCGCAAGGGCUCAAUGCCAACUUGGGCGGUCUCGACUCAAUGGCAAAACAGCACGCCGCGAGGGCGGGCCCCAACAGCAGUGCCUCCAUGGCAUCGUAUGGGAGCAUCCCGGUGACGGCAUCUUCAGCAGGUAGCAGCACUCUCAUGGCGGACCUUUAUGGACAGCAGGACUUACUCAAUAUGCCGCAAGAUCUCUUAAACCUAAACCGAAUGCAAACCACAUCGGCCGCAUACGGAGAAUCCGCGUACGCGACGGCGACGGCGGCUUCUCCAGUUAACGCGACGUACUCGGCGUCGCCGAGCUCUUAUGAUAGCGUGUCCGGGUAUGCACCGGCGCCCAUGCGCUCAACUUUCGCUCUUGCGCCAGAAGCUGAUAAUCGAAGGUAUUCACAAUCGUCAAUUUCCUCGCUCCCAAUGGUCGAGCCCGGCUCAGGCGGCGCGUCCCGCCCUCACCGGAAUUCAUUGGUUGACAUGAAUCACAGAGGACUUCCAGCCGACGAUCGGAGGAGCUUCGCGGAUGCUCUUGACGCCGGGCAGGGUAUGUUGGCGAUGAGUCAAGAGACUCCCAGAGCCAUAUACCCUCCCGGCAAUCGCGGCAGAGGUUCCACUGACUCAUACGGUUUCCCGUCGACGCACUCCACCAGCUCAUCUAUCUCAUCAGCAAGUAAUUACGGUAGUGGUUAUUAUGCAGGCUCGGUCGAUUCAUCGGUCAGUGAUUACUCGACAGCAGGUUCUGAUAUCGAGUCGGUUACCUCUCGGACGUUACCCCGACCGAAUUUGAUGACUCAACCCCCUCCGGCUCCUCAAUCGAUGAUGGGGCAAUUUAGCUCGAAAGUCUCAUCCAGCACUCAGAAGAAGCAUAAAUGCAAAGUCUGCGACAAGCGAUUUACCCGGCCAAGCUCACUACAGACGCAUAUGUACAGCCACACCGGCGAAAAGCCCUUCUGUUGUGAAGUUGAGGGAUGUGGAAGACAUUUCUCUGUUGUAUCAAACCUACGACGACACCGCAAAGUACAUAAGAACGACUCCAAGUCCGACGCUGGAUCAGAAGAUCACCACGAUGAUCAUUCCGACUGA